UACUCGUCUGGCGCAUUGCUUUGUGGGUGUGCGCGACGAAGUAAAAUGGCGGACUUGGCAAACGAAGAGAAGCCUGCCAUAGCCCCUCCAGUCUUUGUCUUUCAGAAAGAUAAAGCACAGAAGCGAUCGGCCGAUGGGUCGAGUGCUGAAGAUGGAGAGGAUUCGGAACGGGAGGAGAGCGAAUACUGUCCUCCAGUGAAGAGAGAGAGAACAUCAUCUUUAACACAGUUUCCUCCGUCUAACUCAGUUUCAAAGAAUAAUGUGUUCAUGCCCUCAAGUUUCUGCCAGUCUCCUACUGGGAACUCUGACUCAGAGCCAGAGGAGAAGCCUGUGGGAUUCCGCCUGAAGCCUCCGACGCUUAUUCACGGCCAGGCGCCCAGCGCAGGUUCUUUUGCAGGCGUGCCCAGCCAGAAGCCCAAGGAACCGCAGCGCAGCGUCCUCCGGCCUGCAGUCCUGCAGGCGCCGCCCACCAAGACCUACACAGAGUCCAAAUCAAGUUGUGGGACAAAUGGCGUGGGGACACUCUCGGAUGGAGCAACAGAGUCUCCGACUGUCAUCCAGAACAACGUAGAAAAAUCGGACAAACCACAGCAGAAUGAUGACAAGGACCAUGGGAGUGAACCAAGUGGGCAGAAUAAUGAGAAGAAGGAUCCACUCAAUGAGUCCAGUUUUGUGUUUGGCCAGAACAUCAGAGAACGGGCCAAGGUGGAAGAGAACAGCAGUGCAGCCAAUGACACGAAAGACCCUGCCACGCCAGAUUCUCAGCCAGGUGGAACGAAUUAUUUCCUGCAGUAUAUAGGUACCCCCAGCUCUCAGAAUGCAACAAACAACACAGACAAGGAGGCCAAGUUUGUCUUUGGGCAGAAUAUGUCGGAGCGAGUGUUGAGCCCCCCCAAAGGUGGCGAGGGCGUGGAGAGCGGGAGGGAGAGCCCGGCUCCUGUGUCUGAGCCCUCCUCUCAGGAGGCCACGCCGGAGAAGGCCUCUGCAGCGGCGGCGGCGGUGGCGUCGGCAGCGGCUGCAACGGCAGCGCCAGCAGCCAACAGCGUGGCGGAGUCUCUGGAGGAGUCGGCGGCGGCCUACACCAAAGCCACGGCCAAGAAGUGCAUCCUGGAGAAGGUGGAGGUGCGCACCGGCGAGGAGUCGGAGAGCAACGUGCUACAGAUGCAGUGCAAGUUAUUUGUGUUCGACAAGACGGCGCAGUCGUGGAUCGAGCGAGGACGGGGCCUGCUGCGGCUCAACGACAUGGCCUCCACUGAGGACGGCACGUUACAGUCCAGAUUAGUGAUGCGCACCCAGGGGAGUCUGCGCCUGAUCCUCAACACUAAGCUGUGGCCUCAGAUGCAGGUGGACAAGGCCAGCGAGAAGAGUGUCCGCAUCACUGCCAUGGACACUGAGGACCAGGGGGUCAAAGUCUUCCUCAUAUCGGCCAGUUCUAAGGACGCAGGGCAGUUAGCAGCUGCGCUACACCACCGCAUCCUGGCCCUAAAGAGCCGGGCGGAUCAGGAGCCCGAGCCGGCCCCACUAGGCCCUGGGCCUGAGGUGCCCCAGUCCAACGAGGACGACAGCGACGACGAGCCCAACGGUGCAGAGGGGGCCACGGCCAACACCAGCGGUACCUCUGAAGGAGGGGAAGCCCAGGAGGCCGGGGGGACAUAGCAUCUCUGGCAUCUGCCUGCUAGGAAGCUGCUGUACAGGGAUUUUUUUUUCUUUUUUUUUUUUCCUUUCCGAGCAGGCAUCUCCAUGGACAGCCCGUAACCAACUCGGGUCCCUCAAACAAGUGCAGUCCAGUGGAUAGUAGACGUCUAACCCUGUGUCGGAAUCCUUCACCCUACUUGUGCAGUUGUUUUUUUUUCUUGUUUUUCCCCUCUUUUUUCCUCUGCAUUUAAAUGUAAAUCUGGAAUUUUUGGAAUUAUCAGUGUGUUUUUUUUUUUUAUUAUUCUCUCUUUGUUUGUUUGGUUUAUUUUUUUGACUGCAAGAAAAAAAGACUUUUCCAUUUUGGUUUAGGACUUGGAAUCUCAUCAUAUUGAUGAGAGCGAGGGAGCUCCUCUACAUUUUGAAUACGGCACAUGUUUCUAAAUAUGGGACCUUUUUUUAUUCUUCGCCAAGCCACAGCUUGCUGUCACCUGGGACCUUCCAGAAGGAUGACACACUCACUGUUGACCAGUCAUGUCACUAAUGGUUACAGCACCCGUUGGACUCUCAUCCCCGCCUUGCCCCGCCCCUCCCCAUCCCGCCCUGCCCCUCCCCUCCCCUCUCCUCUCCAUCCCUCUGUCUUCAUAUCCUCUGUCUCAUCUAGUAAAACAUUCACUCAAACUCUAAUUUAUUUUUCAGACUUUUUUUUUUUUUUUUGAUAAUUUUAUUUGAUAUAAAACCACAUCUACAUACAUAUGCACUGGUUAGUAGGUUAAGCCAAUAUCAUUUAGUCCUCCACAGUGGUAGUUAAAUCUUGUUGUUGGCUUGUUGAAUAGAUUAAUCCAACAACUGAGGCUAUCAUACUUUGAAAUUUGUGUUUUAGGGCUUACAGGCACGAGAAUCUCACCCCUCGCCGUGUAUGUACUUCUUGUCUCCCUUUGUUUGUGGUUCAAUAUCCACUAGAUGUUGCAGUUAAUUUGGUCCAUUUUUUUUCUUAGACAUUCUACAUGAAUUUAAAAACACAGCCUUUCAGAUUUGGGUUUUUAUUUCUGAUGGUUUGUAUUGUUUUGCAACAUUUUUAUUGAUAUAUUAACUUUUUAUCCAUUCUCAGAACCCAAGUUGAAAUUAAGGUUUAUUUUGUGUGGUAAGAGUUUGAAUGAAAUCUUGUCUGUCCAAUCCUUGAAUGUCCUGUUAAUUUCAUAUAACACCAUUUAAUAGGAUCCCAUGCUUCCUACACUUUACAGAAUAAAUCUUUAAAACCAGACAAAUUAAAUGGUGCCCUGAGAUUGAGUUUCUUUGAUCUCUGACUAAUGAUGGAACAAAUAUUUAGCUCAGGAGUUGUAUGCCAGUGUUGGUGUUAGAAAGACCAAGGAUGUAUUUUAAAUAUGUCAAUUUAAUAAUAAUAAUAAAAGAGUAUUUCAUGUAA